AAUUUUCUCAUUUUCAAAACAGAUUUCUGUACAUAUGCAUGCGUUUUCAAAUUCUCAAUCGGACUCCACCCACGGAAGUCUUCGAGCUUAUUCAAGGUAAGUUUAAAGGACUUCUAGCUGAAUACAAUGCUUCAAGCUUUUAUGAAGACAAUGAAUCCAAUUUGUCAAAGUACCUAUCAGGGCAUCGUCGAAGCAGGUGUCCAAUUGUUGGCGGUUUUCAGGCGAAAAAUUUUAUGAAAAUCAGGUCCAAAUCGCAAAUUUGCGCCUCCUCUGUGUAUGUGACGAUUGACUCGGAGUGCAUUCGUGGCGAGGGAAUUGAAUUGCAUUUCAAUGAGGUCGGUUGCAAUCCCUUCGAGCCCGCGUUGGUGACCAAAUUUGUGUGCUUUGUUCAAUGGGCCGAAAUGGGGAGCGUCAAUACAAUUCUUGUCAAAGAAAAAAGCUCAGCAGACUACAUUGUUGCAAGCAUGUUCUAUCAGGACCCGCCAACACAGGUAGACACUGUGAACAAUGAGUAUGGCAGUUUUACAAAGAUCUACAUAGGUCUGGGCAUUUUCCGGCCCAUGGCACAGAGCACAAAAGAUGGCGCUAACGUAGCAUAUCCGGCCUACCUUUAUGACCUCCAGCCUUUUGACACAGCCUUAAAGACAUCGCCGGCGGCUUUCUACGAAGUACAAAUGCGGGGAGCUUUUGGAACCUGCGAUGAUGAGUUAGAGCAAUGUGAAAGAGGAUGCAAUGCGGAUGCUCGGAAUCGGCUAUUUUGCAGACGAUCCUGUCCCUCUGUUCGAAAGGAGUGCAGCAUGGCUCACAGCGAUUCGUGCGAAAUAAAUGCCUCCUACCGGGGGCUUUGGCUCCUCAUCGACCCACUCCCCGGCGGAUCGGAGCAGAGUGAACAGCACCGGCAUACGCGACGACUGAUUAACAUUUCUGACCGAACUGUGACCUUUGCCAAUGUGUUAGGUGAUGAGACAUUCUACGAGUUCUCCUGCCUCCGGGAGGCAAGUGAAAUCGUUCCCGAUUGGUACAUUCUCGGGGGCAGGCAGUUGCAGCCAGGGUGCCAUCCACGAGAUGUCUGCCUUGAGGUCUACCAAAAUAGGCCAAUAUUCUCCAACGAGGCGCCCAACACGAAUACUCUGCUAUUCCGACUGUGUAAGUCAAGCCUCUUCUUAUUCUCUUGGAUACAUCUUAAAACAGUCAAUGUAGAGACUUCAAAUUUGCUAGUAAUCAAAAUGAACACUAUUUUUGCAGCUAAAAGCGAAAAACAAGGUGUCGACAUCUCCAAUUUGUGCACAUUUCCCGACGAUCCGAGGAGUACAAAGCAACGGAGGGCCCAAGUUUUAGUCAAGCAAGUCAGUCAUCGAGGUCCUUUUGGAUCCCCUCAUGAAAAGAUUUUUAAUGCCUCAAAGUGCGAAAUCUAUCAGAUUAAGCUUCGAGGCUCAAUUAGACUUCGAGCGCAAUUUUUCAGUAACUUGAUCGUCGCCCAAGCAGCCCGUCAAUUCGAUGCAUUCGCGGAGCAAAACGGUGUGGAAAAGGAAGCUAAAAAUCACUUUGUGUGGAGUCGCAAAGAUACCACCUUCCUGCCCGAAAUGGUUUCCUGUGCAAUUGAAUUGUCCGACUUCAAUCCACAACUUGGAACAACGGGUGAAUUCGAUGGAUUUUUGCGUUUAAAAUCGAGCUGUUCCGUUGAUCCUUUCUCGAGAUUCACAAACAACGGCAAGUUGGCAUUCGUAUUGUUAGCCAAAAACAUUCUGGGUGGUCGUAGCUUUAACAACAAAUGGGGAAUUCUAGUAAUUCAGGAGUCAGAAGUUGAAGGGAAACCAACCUUCAAUAUCUACCUCUUCCUUACUCCGCAAUGCCAAUAUGAGGAGAAUGCUUUUGGGGAGAUAUUAAUCAACAACUCCUCCGCCGUGGCAAUCAUGCACGUCGUUGCUGGUAAGGAACCUUCUUGCCUGCUUUCACUUUGUUUGUGCGCAUAG